CUCAAAGAUGUCUGACUAUCGUGGGCUCAUACUCUGACCAAAUUUCAGAAUUGUAAAUUUUUCUAUUAUUUGUGACGUAUUAGGUACAAAAAAAAUUGACGUCGCAUGUAAUUGCGACUCCUAACCUAGAUUAACACGACAAUGGUUAAAAAAAAGAGACAAAGCGAUCCUAGCGAAAAUGGAGACGAGUCGACUGAAUCGUGCGAUGAAACUGUUAAGUCCACAUGUCACCAUGUAGCUAAAGCAGUAGACCUCACGCGCCUGAAGAAAUCCCUCAAAAAUGGGGGUUUCGAGAAGGAAUGCGCGGAAUGUAAGAAAAGUGCAAGUACUGAAGUAGCUGACCCAAAUUAUGAAGAAGAUCUCUCGCUAUGGAUGUGUUUGCGCUGUGGGACACAACUAUGCGGACGUACACGUAAUAAACAUGCUCUGAACCAUUUCAACACGCCCCACUCUGACUGCCAUGCCUUAACAGCCAAUACCACAACUUGGGAGAUAUAUUGCUAUAAUUGCAACAAUGAAGUUACAGCUUCCAGUUCGAAAAAACUUCAUGAAUGUGUUGAAUAUUUAAAAAAGCAAUCAUCUAGUAAUCCUAAGUUACCACCAAUAGAACUGCCCUUCGAUAACCAAGGAUCCAAGCCCUUAGAACUUACAAUGCCAUUAGAAACAAUGUCAAGGAAUGAUAAGGGAAAAGAUAAGGCGAUGGCAUUGAACUUGCCAAGAGUGAGAGGUUUAACAAAUUUAGGAAACACAUGUUUUUUCAAUUCCGUCAUGCAAUGCUUAGUUCAGACACCUUAUUUGUUAAAUGUUUUGCAAGAAAUGGCAAAUCCUGGUGAAAAAUUUACUUUGCCUGGGGGUAAAUUGACAAUUAAGCCGGACCAAAGUGGUGAGGAGAACAAAGAAGUGGAUCUUCCACCAAUAACUGGACAAUUAGCUGAGUGGGGAAUCUUGACAAAGACCUUAGCUGAGACUUUGGCUGAAUUGCAAGCAGGAGAAGGCGGAGUGUAUACUCCUAGGAAGCUGCUCUCAGCGCUAGUCAACAAGCUGCCCCAGUUCGGCGGCGGUGACCAACACGAUGCCCACGAACUUUUGAGACAUUUGCUUGAAGCUGUCAGGUCUGAAGACCUACGUCGUUACCAGUCGGUGAUACUAAGCAGUUUGGGUGUUAGUUCCAAGGUUGAUCCAGCAAAAGUUGACGGAGAAAUUAAACAGAAGAUUAAGUUCUAUGGACAACAGGCCUCAGACACGAUGCUCAGACCAGAACAGGUUUUCCGAGGUUUCUUAGUAUCGACCCUCGAGUGCCAGGAGUGCUUCCACCAAUCAGAUCGUUCAGAAUACUUCCUUGAUCUCUCUUUGCCUGUCGCGGCUUCACGUCCUCAGCCACCUGCUCUUGUUAGAAGGAAAACACCCAAUGACGAAAAUAAUUUAUACAAUCCUCAAGAAGAGAAUAAACCUUCAAAAUAUCAACUGAAGAAAGAACGAGUUGCUAGAAAGGCUGCUAGGAAAAAAGCAAAUUCAAUUUCCAAAGAAAAGGCCUCUCCGACGGAAGCCAACGGAUCUAAGGAAGAAGGCAAAUCUUCAUCUGAACAAUCCGAUGCCGAUGUUGAAGACAAUCUCGAAGACCUCCCGCGGCAGACGGAGACGCACUCCGUGUCCACGGGGACGCAGGCCAUCGCUCACACGGCCGCCAACUUCGCCGCCUACCACAUGGAGUCGGGGUACAACUCCGAGAAGGUCAUCAGCUCUGACUCCAUAAGAACGAGCCCCGUCGAUCUAGACAAGGAAAAGACGGACAACACACCAGAAUCGGCCGAUAAGGAUAAAGAAUACGCAGAAGUCGGUACGUCGACAACGGCUAUAGCGCUCGAAUAUAAACCUCUCGUAUCUUUAGAGAACUUCUCGAACCCAGAUUCCGGAGUCGCCAGUCCCGAAGCGACCAAGCACAAUUCAACAGAAACAGUCGAUAACGUAGAUUCUCCUUUGAACGGAAAAGAGUUGGGCAGCCAUAGUUCGUUAUCGAGUGAAAUCAACCUGGACCUAUCGAGUCCGCAACACAACAAACUGUCACCCGUCAAGAGCGACUACGAAAGACCAGUCUCGAGAAUAUCCUUCGCUCCGGAGUAUAGCAACGAGGUCGUCUCCCGAGGUAUCAGCGUGCAAGCUUGCAGGGAUCUCUUCGAAAAUAGCUGGGAGUUCAAUAAUGCCAGAAUCGAAGAUUCCAUUUACAACGAGAUGUAUGAUGAUGAAGUCACAAGUAAGUUAGAAAAAUUAAAGCUCGACAUGGACGAGGUGAAGCCGAAGCCAACCCUACCGUCGCCGGUCGCGGCCGAAGCGUCGCAGGAGCCCCCGCCGACGGUUCCCCGCGCCAAAGCGAACGACGUCGACGCCGACAAGAAUACGAACCGCGACUUCCUGUCCUUCUCCCGACAGAGUCCGCUGUCGCCGCGCUACGUGUGCGACGAGGACGAGUGCAGCAUCCAAUCUUGUCUCGGGCAGUUCACGGCGCUCGAGCUGCUCACCGGCAACAACAAGGUCAGCUGCGAGACCUGCACCGAGAAGAUCAACGGCAAGGACGGCAAGACCGUGUACACGAACGCCACCAAGCGCUUCCUCGUGUCGAGCCCGCCGGCCGUGCUCAUCCUGCACCUGAAGCGUUUCCAGCUCGGGCCGCGCUGCAUGUUCCGCAAGAUGUCGAAGCACGUGGACUUCCCGACGGUGCUGAACCUGGCGCCCUUCUGCGCGCCGAACGAGCGGCGUGCGCGCGGGGGGCUGCUGUACUCGCUGUACGGCGUGGUGGAGCACUCGGGCGGCAUGCACGGCGGGCACUACGUGGCCUACGUCAAGGUGCGGCCGGGGGCCCCGCGGCGCUGCUUCCUGCCGGCGGCCGGCGCCGACUCCGAGUCGGAGCUGUCGGGCUACGAGUCGGGCGAGGGCCCGGCGGGGGCCCCGGCGCCGCGCGGCCGCUGGUUCUACGUGUCCGACAGCAUGGUGUCCGAGGUGUCGGAGGACAAGGUGCUGCGCGCGCAGGCCUACCUGCUGUUCUACGAGCGCAUCCUGUGAGGCGAGCGCGCUGUACAUAGCCUCCUUUUCCGCGACGCUCGGGUCGGAUUGUAAUUUAUUGUCGUGGCGAUCGUGACUUCUCCGGAGUCGACUCGUUUCGUAGGUUUCAUACGGUUCCUGUGUUCGUUUAGUGGACGUUUGCGUUUUGUGAACGUGAACGUGCGUGCGUCCUUUCAUGUAUCGUUGAAUAUAUAACGCUAUGUAAUUAUGUUUUCGUUUAUACAUAUAUCGGUGGUUCCGUCGAUUUAUAAUCAUAAUGACAGAGAUUGCAUGUUUUAUCUGAAGUUUUGUGUCUAAAGGUGCUCCUACACACGAAACAAACUAAACUUAAAAAAAAACGUAGAAUUACUUCCAUUUAGCUUUCACCUUACCAUCUUAUAAAUUAAAAUUACCUAAAAUGGAAUGAAUCAUAAAAUGAUUAUUCUCCUUAAUAACUGCCAUUGCCUUAAAAUCACAAGUACAAAAAUACAACUCCAAUUAUUUCUUUUAAAGCGCUGCAGUGCUAUAAAUCUUAAAUAAGUUGUAGUUCGUGAUGUAAGCUGCACUCUUCCAGUUAAUAGCUUUAGUUAAAAAAAAUAUAUACAAGACAGUGUCGGUGCACCUUUAUUUUAACAUAUUUAUUUAUAAUAAUAAAUGUAGAAUGAUUUUAUUAAGGCUUAAAUUUAUCACACGAAAGUAACGUAAUUUUUUUUUAUUGUAUUUUACUGAACAGAACAACUUUCCUCAAUGGUCUAGUCUUCCAUUGAAGUGUCAACAUUUUAAACGUAAAGUUAGUUUUGGCUAUAAGUAUACUAUAACAGCAUUGAUAUUUAACGCCCUGAAAAUAUUAUUUAUUAUGUUUUGUGAUGUCUCAUUAUGGAAGUGGUCUCACGUGACAAAAUAAAGCAAUUGCACUAAAGAAUCUGACAGACCUACGACUUACUUGGUUGCACGUUUACUUUAAAAGUUAACUUUUUUUUAGCGCAAUUAUGUCCAAUCCUUUCAUUUUGUCGUUAUGAUAUUUUUUUAGAAUAUCAGAUGCGUAGUUUACUUUGUUAUCACUAACUGUUGUAAUAAGAUUUGGUUUUGUUUUUAUUGUGAGAACCACUACACUGUAGACGACGUUAAUCUUAGCGAAAGUAUUGUUAUACAGACAUACCACACUCCUGUUUUAUAUUACUUACUAAUUAGUUGAGUGCUCAAUUUAGUUAAUGCAGGUCCGUGUUUGACUAAUAAUAUUCGUUGCGUGAAGUUUACAGUGAAAUAACACAAAAACUUAGCUAUUACAGAUGAUAAAUAUCACGAUAGCAGAUUAAAAAAUAUAAAAUAUAUCUAUGAAAUUUACAUUAGUGUAAUAUAAGUUUUGAGCUAUGUACAUUAUAGAAACUACUUCGAUUUGACUAUGGGCCUUGUUGUUUGAAAUAUAGAUCGGUAAUACACGAGAAAAUUCUAGUAGCAACAUUGUAAUACAAAGUAUAUUAAAAUUUCGCGGAUUAUAUUAAAACUUAUCGACAUUGGCAACUCAAACUUAUAAAUUGCAACUAAUUUUGUAUACAGAUUUUUUACUGCAAGCUGUCAGUAGUUGUAAUUUCACUGUAAGAUUCUAGAACGUUCUCUCUUGUAAGUAUGGCUAUUUGUGACGAUAGUUAACCCGAGUUGAUUAUGUUAUUGUAUUUGAUAAUUUUGUAAAUUGAAACCACAUAUUGUGUUAUGAACAGGUGUAUUAAAUAAAAUAGUUUUAAAGCACA